AAGAACUGUCUUAUGGAAGAUACUUACAAGCUUGUGUUCGGCCCCGCCAUCAAGCUAGCCGCCUGUUAAGGUUACCGGUCGCUGCAUUUGAUUCCCCCUCUUUGCAGUGAUUUUUGCUGUUGUUGUCAUCAACAAAGGCCUACUUGUUGCUGCCCUUUUGGUUUGGCCUUUGGAGAGGACUUGCCAGACUUUCCUCUCGCCCGCACUGCAGCUCCACGUGUAUGGAAGCCUGAGUGCAGACCCCGAGACUGGGCAGAGUCGGGUUACGCCGGUCCGUCAGAUGGCGUUCUGCUUGGCUGAGCUACACUUGUGGUCCACCAAGAGCUCCCUCCAAGUCCAAGACACAGAUAUUGGCACAUAUCAGUACUACGAUAAAGCAGAGCCAGCCAAUCGCCAGGAGCAUCACUAUUUCAACGAGAAAGUCCACUUCACUGAAGCUCGAGGCUACUCGUGGACCCCCGCCAACCGCCGUCCGGAGAGGCUCCGCGAUUCGCUGAAGGAGCUGGAGGAACUGUUGCAGACCAACACCUGCGUUCACACCAGAUGGAGGAACACACACUGUUGCCAGCUUCUACUCAGCAGCGGCAUACUGGUGACCUUGACCCUCAGCGGACCCCAACUCGAGCAAGUGUGCAUCGACCGAGCGUUAGUGGGACGACUGCCCGGUGACGCCGUGACUGAUGCGGUGUUGGGCGACAAGCUGUUUGUGCUGUCCUUCCUGAAGCAAAGCCAAGUGGUCGCCAUCUACCUCAACAAGAAGAACCCAGACUCCUCCGCCAAUGCUGGCGGGGACGCGGACAAGCUCUCGCCCUCCAGAAUCAAGGUGACGAGCGUGGAGGUUGCAGGGUGGGCGCGUCGAAUCCACCAAGGCGUGGCUCUCAACCGGCGGGAGGACGUGGCGCUGUGCUGGUGGAGGUCCGGCGAGCACGAAGAGGAGGUGUGGCCCUGGACCCCCUUAAACAUGCACAGGAACAACCUGGUCCUGCUCGCCUGCUUGCCCUCGGAAGGUCUCAAGCUCGUGAGCUCAAUGCAGACAGAAGGUGAUCUUCUGGUUUGCACCUUCAGCAAUCUUCAUCCCUACCAGCUUCUGACCGUGGAAGCGCCCGCAGGACCCCAAGCCUCCAGAGAGGCGUCCUGGGCUAAAGCCUGCGUGUACGAAUACGCCAAAGGUCGCCUGCAGCGCCUGUCCGCCGCCCGCGUCCUGCUACCUUCUCGUCCCGUUUCCUGCUCACAUCACCCCAACGAAAGCCUCCUCCUCCUGGGCCUCAGCGACUCCUCCCUGGUGCUCUACGACCAGCGUCGGGGGGUCUCCCUACAGGCCUCCUGCCCCGUGCCGCCCACCAUCCUGGCCUGGCAUCCGGCUGGAGCCUUGCUGGUGGCGACGGGGGCGGCCCAACAGGGCGAGCUGAUGUUCUUGGACGUGGGCCUGGCGCCCGUCAAGGUGGCGCUGGUGGCCGAGGAUGUGACCCCCGCCGCCACGCUCGUGCUGGGCCGGCACCUACGCUGCCCCGGACCCCUGCAGAGACUGCAGUGGGCCGCGGGUCCAGAAGGAGGCGCCGAUGAGCCGGAUACGAUGAUGCUCGCCUUCCACGGGGGACUGUUAGCGGUCUUGAAAUUACAACUGGGAGUCGUAAGCGGGUUCCGGCUGGAUCCGGUGCAGGUCCUCCAGCAGCGUCUGCACGGCGGUCAGGUGCAGGAGGCGCUGGGCGUGCUGGAGGCCAUGGACUGGAGCGCCGCCGCCGAGCAGUGUUGGCACGGCCUGAGCGCCGUCGCCAACCACCUGCUGAGGCUGCCUCUGGACGCCCGUACCGAGGAGCAACUCGAAGCCGCGUUGGCGACGUUUUACGCCCCACCUGCGCCUCUUCCCGAUAACGUCACGGCAGACUACAAGGAGCCAGUCCACAAAUACGCCAGGCGCUUCUUCCACCACCUUCUCAGACAUGAGCGCUUGGAGAAGGCUUUCCUUCUCGCUGUUGAUUUGCAAGAUAAAGAUCUUUUCAUGGACCUCCAUUACGUGGCCGGCGAUAAGGGCGAGCUGGUGCUGGCGGAGGUGGCCAAGAGGAAGGCCCACCAAGUGGCGGAGUCGCGCGACGGGCAGGAAAUAACCGCCGUGAUUAACCGGAAAGACGUUGAAGAUGCUGUAAGAGAACGGAACGGUGUGGGCGCUUACAGCCUGACGGACAAGAGCCAAAAAACAACAGGAUCAUCAAAAUCAAAUACUCCCAAACUAACACUGAAGAAAGGAAGAUGAACAAGGUCGCCUCAAUGUAACUGCUGCUGUGGAGUGGAAGUCUUUCACCUCGGAACCGUUUGACCUCAGUGACACGCCCACUUAGCUGCCGAUCAUUCACCGAUCAUUGUUAUCGAAAAAGGUGGACUUCAGAGUGGUUCUUGCAAGCCACACUGAUGGCGCAGCAUCAGCACCAGCUGUUGCUCCAGUGUCUCGCUGUGAAAUCUUCAACUUUUCAUCCCAAUCGUGUUCUUCCACACCAAGCUCAUCCAGCUGUUCCUUUCGGGUCCUUGCUGUCUUGCUGUGCUUAUUCUGUUAAUGAGGCCCACUGUUUUGCCAAAGUGGCGCAGAAGGGCUCACUCAACAAACCGAUUUGAAGAAAUAAGCAGAUAGAUGAAACUGCACUUGGUUGUUUCAUUUCACAACUGAUGGGUGGCCAGGCACUCCAAGACACGCAACUACACUACUUGCCAAAAAAGUUAGGAGAAGCGGCAGUAAAACAGGCCAGAAUACAGAGGUUAUCAAUAAUCAACAGCGUUACGCCAUUGUAAGGUUUCAAGCGGGAUAUUCAACGGAGAUACUGGAAGAGUCACAGAAAGGCAUAGAUGUAGACGUGCUUGGAAAUUUUCAAACACCUUGUUCGAGAAGAGCAAGUUGUGCAGAAAGUACUGAAACAGUGAACAUUUGGACACUCAAAAGUUCAAAGGUCAAAUUAAGUUCACCUGAAAAGGUUAUCGUGUGUUUUAGGGUCACCCUGAAAUUUCACCCGAAAGCCCUAUUCACUUUUUUUGUGAAUAGUGUAUUUAUUUUAUACAAGAUGUUAACAAGCCAAUUUUCCAUAAUAUGUGUCCUUUGAAGAAAACAUCUUGAAAAUGUUCCAUUAAUUAUGAAAUGUAACAUAUUUCCAUGGCUGAUAUUGAAUGUUCCUCAAGGUGUGUGUGUGUGCGCGCGUGUAUGAGAUUAAGGCCGGCAGUUUUAUUCAUGAACAGGAGCCGAGCGGCGACGUUAAAGCGUGGCACCUUUCCUGAGCAUCCGCCAUGCCGGUGUCAGAGCUGUCGACGCGGCGCGCUCGCCUGCCUAAUCUGACAGCGCCUAAUCCCUCACUGUAUCCUAAUCUAUUUACUUUGCAUUCUAAGAGGAUUUACACCCCCCUCCAAAAAUGAUAUACAAGGAGCCGUGGUUGGAAAUGGACAGAAGAUCAGCGAGGAUGCUUUUCUUUUUUGUUGUUUGUUUGUUUGUU